CGAGUAUUAUAUGAACUCAUUUUGUAGUAAAAAGAAGUGUGGUUUCCAAAAACGCAUCCGUGCAUGCGCUGCAACGCCGCCUAUCAAGACUUUCUAUUACUAUUCUACUCGAUCAUCUUCACUUAUUACCCCUUUCUGUCUGUAUAUAUAUAUACCCAUCUGUCAUUUAUAUAAAAAUCAUCAACUAUGGAGAGCUUUGAAGACUAUAAUAUACGCACCAGUCCUCAUCCAUUAUUGAUGGCUCGAGUCAUGGCUGUCAACCCAGAAAGUGGUGUAGUCCCUGUAGAGACUACUUGUGCAGAAGAUGCUGGUGCAGCUUUUGUUCUUGAAUCUAAAGGGGAGUGGUAUCAUGCUGGAUAUCAUUUGACAACUGCAAUAGUGGGGCCAACAGUACUGGCUUUGCCGUUUGCAUUUAGAGGGAUGGGAUGGAUACUAGGCUUCUUCUCCUUGUUUGUGAUGGGAGCUGUGACCUUCUAUGCUUACUAUCUCAUGUCACUUGUGCUUGAUUUCUGUGAAAAGUCAGGCCGUCGCCACAUCCGAUUUCGUGAACUCGCUUCUGAUGUUUUAGGGUCUGGAUGGAUAUUUUAUUUUGUUGUGUCAAUACAAACGGCGAUCAAUAUUGCAGUAUCGGUGGGAUGUAUAUUGCUUGCAGGAAGUUGCCUUCAGAUCAUUUACACGCUAAUUACUCCAACCGGAACCAUGAAACUGUAUCAAUUCAUAGCUAUAGUGACAGUAGUAAUGAUGCUUCUCUCUCAGCUGCCAACCUUCCACUCUCUAAGGCAUAUCAAUCUAGGCUCACUUAUUCUCUGCUUAGGCUUCUCGUUCCUUACUACAGCGGCUUGUAUAUAUGCAGGUACCUCCGAAAAUGCACCUCCUAGGGAUUAUUCUUUAGCAAAAUCAUCGUCAUCAAAGCUAUUUAAUGCAUUCACAUCAAUAUCUAUCAUAGCUGCAAUAUUUGGAAACGGAAUAUUGCCUGAGAUACAAGCAACACUGGCGCCACCAGCAACUGGGAAGAUGGUGAAGGGCCUAGUACUGUGUUACUUGGUAAUCAUCGUUACUUUCUGCUCUGUUUCAAUUUCGGGGUACUUGGUGUUCGGGAACCAAUCCACUCCGAAUAUUUUAACCAGUUUCCUGACAAUUCAAGGACCUGAACUGGUUCCCAAAUGGCUUGUAGGACUUACCGUUGGCCUUGUUCUUGUCCAACUUUUUGCCAUUACCUUGGUGUACUCUCAAGUAACGUACGAGAUUAUGGAAAAGAAAUCAGCUGAUGUGAAACAAGGAUUGUUCUCCAAAAGAAACUUGAUCCCGAGAAUAAUUCUUCGGUCUGUGUACAUGAUAUUAUGUGGCUUCUUUGCUGCAAUGCUGCCAUUUUUUGCAGACAUUAGCGCCGUAGUUGGAGCCAUUGGCUUCAUUCCUCUAGACUUCAUCCUUCCUAUGCUUUUAUACAACAUGACGUUCAAGCCUUCGCGUUCUUCAUUCGUGUAUCGAUUCAACAACAUAAUUAUGAUCGUCUUUACAUGCGUAGGACUCUUGGGCGCAUUCUCUUCUAUACGACAGUUGGUUCUUGAUGCUAAGACCUUCAAGUUCCUUGCGGACUAGUUUAGUUUAAAAUCUCCAGAGUGCUCAGCAAUGUUGUUUUGUGAAACUCAAGAGUGCUCUGCAAUAUAGUUUUGGGUACUUAGUAUAAAUUCUUUGUAUAGCUUUUUCUUACUUUCUUUGAUCCAACUCCACUUCUGUACCAAAGAAUGAGUUUCAUUCAUCUUGCAUAUAUAUUUUGUUAUCUA